GUGGCCAAAUGGAACACAAGUUGUGAAACGUCUCCUAAUUUCUGUGUGUAACUAUUAUUGAAUUCCACUGUUUUACUUUUCAGCCGUGAGACAAAGCUCAGGAAUCUAGCAGAGGAGAUCAAGAGGAGAGUAUUUUUUUUUCUUUAAUGUCAGACUUGUUAUUUUCAGUUUGCUUUGCAUUUAAUAUCAUCCAUGAAAACUGACAAGAUGACUCUGACUCAGGCUGUCCUGCCGUCGUUCAGCUCUUUUUCCAACUUUUGUAACUCCCCGGAAAAUGGGAAAGUAAGUUUUAUUAAACAUGGAAAAUGGAGGAUGACACACUGACCCCAGCUUUGGACAUCACAAAAAUGGAAAUGGGUUCCGAUCCUGGGUUUAGCUAUGAGCCCCAGAAGGCACUGAGAAAUGAACUGGAGGAUAAGGAGGACGAGAACAGUGCCAGCUGGGAUGUGGAGUUCCUUUUGUCUGGCAUCAACAGCCCAGGCUCUGAUCUGGGUCCAGCAAUGAACUGCAAUUCCCAUCAGCCCUUGCAGGCAGAGCAGAGGAAGGGACACAAUGGAUUGUACCAAGUCAAGGAGGAGGAAGGGGUUAUAUUGAAACAGCAGCCCAAUAUGGACCAGCAGCUCCAAGCCAACAGCAGCCUGAUGUUAGAGCUCCUCUCCCCUCAGCCCCUUCUUUCCACUUUCCCAGACAUGCUCCAGAACAGCCAGAUCACUUACACGGGGGAUUACCAGUCAAAGCUGUAUGCUUUCGAAUCCUCACCUGUGGAGCACUUUGCCUUCUGUCUGGGAGGUGAACAGGAGAGAAAUGAAGAUAUGGACUGUGUAGGCUCAGUGAAAGGGAAAGCAUGCAAUCUGGGACACUACCCAGGCCCUGCCUUCUCCAACAGCCACUUUCUUCCAAACAGGCCAUCUAUUAUAGACCCUCCCAUGACCCAGCAAUGCCACUAUGGCUUUGUGCCAGGCUACCACCACAGCCAACACGCUUUUUACCCUGAGCAGUGUCUAAGCGGUUACACGCCUUAUCCAGCAGCCGUAGCUUACAAAGGUGCCAUUAGCCACCCUGGGCUGUUCGUGGCCCCAGUGCAAGGCCCGGGCGUCUCACCCUCCUCUCACCCUGCCCUGCUAGCGCCACUUGCAGGCCAAGAGGGGAAGCGCACCCGCAAGACAUCUUCCAGGAAAAGGGUGGCGAUUCACAGCUGUGAGCACCCUGGCUGCACGAAGACGUACACCAAGAGCUCCCACCUCAAAGCCCACCUGCGCACGCACACAGGUGAGAAGCCCUAUCACUGUACCUGGGAGGGCUGUGGCUGGAAGUUUGCCCGCUCCGAUGAGCUGACACGCCACUACCGCAAGCACACUGGCCAGCGGCCAUUCCAGUGCCUGCUGUGCGAGAGGGCCUUCUCUCGCUCCGACCACCUGGCGCUGCACAUGAAGAGGCACGCCUGACAACCCCCCCUCCACCGUGUCAGCCCACCAGCCACGCCCCCUGUUGGAACGCCACAGCCGGGCCCCCCAGCUCACCCCGCUCGCUGUGAACGGGGAACACGGCAAGGUUUCCGAUGGGAAGGCCAGGCGUAUUCCAGCAGCACAGUGGUACCCAGCGUGGUUGCGAAUGGUGAGCAGGAGGAUCGCUUCAGUUUCACAAGACCUUGUGUGUCCUGUCCCCUGCCCUCCACUGGCUGUCCCAGCGUGGCCCAAAGCCCACAGCCCUGAGCCCCAAGGAAAUGUUUCAGCACAUUUUUAGCUCUUUCUUCUGCUAUAGCUAGUCAAUAGGAUAUCAAAAGCCCAGAAACAGCCAUUCAUGGUGAAGUUCCAAAGGUCACGUCUUUGCACUUUGGACAAAAAACAAGAGUUGCACCCCACAUUCAAAGAAUAGAGCAGGGUGCUCAUUUUAAGAGCACAAGAAAAGAGAGGAGGUCAUUCAGGUCACCAAGCUCAUUCACUCAAUACUAUCUUAUUUGUUGUCAUCCAGCCGUGUCUUGAAGGAUUUCAGGUGAUCAGCCUCAAUAACAUGGCUGGAUAACCUUUGUGUAAAUGUUUCCUAACUUGAGUCUUAAAUUUUGCAAGGAAAUGUCAUCAUGCUGUUCUCUCUUUCUCUGUAAAAGUAACCCCAUUGCAAAGACAGUUUUCACAUGCCCCAGCUGUGUUGCCUAGGCGUCAGUCUGGAGAGGUGGUUGAAACUGUGUACCCCUUACCUGAUCACUGAGGGUUGGGGUCCUCCUGUCCCAGGAUCGCACUGUCUUCUUGUGCACAGGUACUUCACCCCCAUUUCUCCUAACAAUGCAGCUAAAUAAAGGGGUGCCAGCAUUGGUGGGAGGUGGGAGGUUUAACCUCAUCGUGUCAGUCCUGGAAGUGCACUGUGUUUUGCUCUCGCCAUAUAAAACCACUGUCCUACAGUUCUCCGACAUCCCCUUUGCCUUUUGCAAGCUACUCAUGUUCUUUCCAUAACAAUGGUUUUCAGCUACAGAGAGCAGCGCUGUUAAGAGUGCAAAGUCAGUAAACAUGUUGGACAUUGCAUCUUCAUUCUGGUGGUUUUUUUGUUGUUGUUAUCUUUGCUAUUUUUUAAUAAAGUUGA